UGCCGGCGGGCGAGCGGCCGCGGCUCCUGCGCGCAGACCCCCCUCUUGUAUGAGCAGCGAGGCGGCAAAGCGGCAGCGGGGGACACCUGGAGGAGCAUUUCUUCCCCGGGUUUAUGAAUGGCACUGACAUGGAGGAAAUACCGUUUCAGAAAGUCAAGACCAAGAGGAAGAAGUGCUGCCACUGCUGCUGCUCCCCGCCGGCUGCCGCGGCAUCGGGAGUGGGAGCCGGGUUGGGGGACCCCCCUCCCUUGCUGCUGCUGGAUGCCAUCGCCUGCGAGGACGAGUUUGACUGCAAGGAGCUGGAGGCUCUCUUCCAGAGCUACAACCUGAAGCUGGAGCAGACGUCCACCCUCAAGGCGCUGGCCGUCCUCAUCGUGCUCACUGCCAGCCUAGCCCUGGCGGAGCUGCUCUCCGGCCCCAGCCUGACCAUCUCCAAAGGCUCGCACCCGGUGCACUGCAUCAUCUUCCUCUCCCUUUUCAUCGUCACCAAUGUCAAGUACCUGCAGGUCACCCAGCUGCAGCAGAUCGUCAAGCUCACCUUGCUCUUCAGCUUCACCUUCUCCUUCCUCUGCUGCCCCUUCUCUCUCGGCGCCUACGGCAUGGAGCCGCCCAGCGCCCCCGAGCAGGGCAUGUGGCAGCUCAUGCUGGUAACCUUCGUGUCCUACUCGCUGCUUCCCGUCCGGACGCUGCUGGCCAUCGUCUUCGGGCUGGUGGUGUCCGUGUCCCACCUCAUCGUCACCGCCACCUCCGUCAGUGCCAAGCGGCAGCGGCUCUGGAGGACGCUUGUGGCCAAUGCAAUCCUUUUUGUCAGUGUAAAUUUGUAUGGGGUCUUUGUGAGGAUUUUGACAGAAAGGGCUCAGAGGAAGGCAUUCCUUCAGGCCAGGAACUGCAUUGAGGACAGGCUGAGACUGGAGGAUGAAAAUGAAAAACAGGAACGUCUCUUGAUGAGCCUUUUGCCCAGGAAUGUUGCAAUGGAAAUGAAGGAAGACUUCCUGAAACCUCCUGAAAGGAUUUUCCACAAGAUUUACAUUCAAAGGCAUGACAAUGUUAGCAUUUUGUUUGCAGACAUUGUGGGGUUCACUAGUUUGGCAUCACAGUGUACUGCCCAAGAGCUGGUGAAGCUGCUGAAUGAGCUUUUUGGGAAAUUUGAUGAAUUAGCUACAGAAAAUCACUGCAGAAGAAUAAAAAUCCUAGGGGACUGUUACUACUGUGUAUCAGGAUUGACCCAGCCCAAAACAGAUCAUGCCCAUUGCUGUGUUGAAAUGGGACUGGAUAUGAUUGACACCAUCACAUCUGUUGCAGAAGCCACAGAGGUUGAUCUCAACAUGAGAGUUGGAUUGCACACAGGCAGGGUGCUUUGUGGGGUCCUGGGUCUCCGAAAAUGGCAAUAUGAUGUCUGGUCAAAUGAUGUGACAUUAGCUAAUGUAAUGGAAGCUGGAGGAUUGCCUGGGAAAGUUCACAUUACAAAGACCACCUUAGAGUGCCUAAAUGGGGACUACGAGGUAGAACCAGGAUAUGGUCAUGAAAGGAAUAGUUUCUUGAAGAAGCAUAAUAUUGAAACAUAUUUUAUUGUGCCAUCCCAUCGUAGAAAGAUAUUUCCUGGACUGAUUCUCUCAGACAUUAAGCCUGCCAAAAGAAUGAAGUUCAAGACAGUCUGCUACCUGCUUGUCCAGCUCAUGCACUGUCGCAAGAUGUUCAAAGCAGAGAUCCCUUUCUCCAAUGUCAUGACGUGUGAGGAUGAUGACAAGAGGAGAGCAUUAAGGACAGCCUCUGAAAAACUCAGGAAUCGCUCCUCUUUUUCUAACAAUAUUGUGUACAACACUCCGGGAACUCGAGUGAACAGAUACAUCAGCCGCUUGAUAGAGGCCCGGCAAACUGAGUCUGAGAUGGCUGACUUGAACUUCAUCACCCUGAAGUAUAAGCAAAUUGAGCGUGAAAAUAAAUACCACCAGCUUCAGGAUGAGUACUUCACCAGUGCUGUAGUUCUCUCACUAAUUCUAGCUGCCUUAUUUGGCCUUGUCUACCUUCUAAUAAUACCACAGAGUACCGUAGUUCUUGUUCUCCUGGUGUUCUGCAUAUGCUUCCUAGUGGCUUGUAUUAUGUAUCUACAUGUCACACGAGUACAAUGUUUUCCAGGGUGCCUGACAAUACAAAUUCGUACCAUUUUGUGUAUUUUUAUUGUGAUCUUAAUAUACUCUGUGGCUCAAGGCUGUGUGGUUGGCUGCAUGCCUUGGGUUUGGAAUACCAAUUCCAGCAGCUCAAUAGUUAUAAUUUCUCCUGGUGGAACAAAUAAAACAAUGAAUGAACUUCCAUGUGACACAGCCCACUAUGCUUUCCUUUCCUGUGUAGUGGGGACUCUCACCUUGGCAAUAUUUCUACGUGUAUCUUCCUUGCCAAAAAUGAUUCUCCUGCUUUUUGUUACAAUUUUGUACAUAGUUAUUCUGGAACUCAGUGGUUACAGAAAAGCAGUGGGGAGCGGCUCCUUUUACACACGUGGCUAUGAACCAAUACUAGCUAUUUUGCUAUUUUCUUGUGCUUUAGCACUGCAUUCAAGACAGGUGGACUUGAAACUGCGUCUGGACUACCUCUGGGCAGUGCAGGCAGAAGAAGAGAGAGAUGAUAUGGAGAGAGUCAAACUGGAUAAUAAAAGAAUUCUUUUCAACCUGUUGCCGGCCCAUGUUGCACAGCACUUUCUUAUGUCUAAUCCAAGAAAUAUGGACCUUUAUUACCAGUCAUAUUCACAAGUGGGAGUGAUGUUUGCUUCCAUCCCAAAUUUCAAUGAUUUCUACAUCGAAUUGGAUGGCAAUAAUAUGGGAGUGGAAUGUUUACGCUUGUUAAAUGAAAUUAUUGCUGAUUUUGAUGAGCUUAUGGACAAAGAAUAUUAUAAGGAUAUUGAAAAGAUCAAGACAAUUGGAAGUACAUAUAUGGCAGCUGUGGGACUUGUGCCUACUUCAGGAACUAAGGCUAAAAAAUCAAUUUAUUCCCAUCUGAGUACACUGGCAGAUUUUGCAAUAGAGAUGUUUGAUGUUCUUGAUGAAAUCAACUAUCAGUCUUACAAUGACUUUGUCCUACGAGUUGGUAUUAAUGUUGGGCCAGUAGUGGCGGGAGUCAUUGGAGCCAGAAGACCACAGUAUGAUAUCUGGGGGAACACUGUGAAUGUUGCCAGCCGGAUGGAUAGUACUGGAGUGCAGGGAAAGAUUCAGGUGACAGAAGAAGUUCAGCGGAUAUUAAAAAGAUGCAGCUAUGAAUUCGUGUGCAGGGGUAAAGUCAGUGUAAAGGGAAAAGGUGAAAUGUUGACCUAUUUCCUGGAAGGAAAGGCUGAUGGAAAUAAUUCCCAAACACGGUCUUUAAACUUAGAGCGAAAAAUGUACCCUUAUGGGAGAGCAAACAUUCAAACAAAACUGGGCACCAGCUGUCCAUCGGUGUCCUCAGUUGCUAGCUUUACUGCAAAACCUGGUCAUGGAGCAGGUCAAGCAUCUGCCACUCACACAAACCAAACACUGCAUUAUCUUCCUUCUGUGCCAGCUGUGAAGGAGGCAUAGAACAAAGGAGAUUUGGUUGUGCCACUUGCAGUGAACUUGGAGAGCAAUGGUUGCCUGAAUUUUUACUAAGAAGUCAGAGGUCAUAGGCCAAGUCAUUAAUGAAGGACCACUACAACCCAACCAAAGAGAACUUGGGGACUGUGUAAUGAACUCUUGGGAUGGAACAUAUAAGGGCUAGCAAUUCUGUUAUGAAAAGUCAAAAUGGGAUUUUCUGGAAAUGAGGCAUAUUUUCUUGGCAUUUUUAAACAGUAAAUGAAAAAAAAAUAGAUAAACGUGCAAGCAAUUAUUUAUGUGUGUGUGUAUAUAUGUUUUUAUCUAUAUAUACACACACAUACAGACAGUUCUGUGUAGACUUAAUAGAUAUUUAUAGAGAUGAACAUAAAAGUGUGUAUUUAUUUACACAUCUACCUGCAGUGACAUAGAAAAGAGAUUUCUCUUUCUGUCAUAGCCAGAAUUGUUGGGCCUGGGAUUAGUAAAGCUGCAUUUAACCAUGGAAUGUGGGAUGCCUGGAGACUGUCCAGGGCUACUGCAAGACUUUGAGAAACUGCUCCCAGUGCAUGAAUUAAUGCAAUGAGAACAGUGUUUAUUGUGCUGUCAAGGGCAGAUUAACGAGGACUGGAUUCAGCUAAUUACAGAACCCUACAUAUUUUUUUAAGUUCUCAUUGCAUGCUCCACAAAUUUCCAAAAACUUUCAAUCAAAACAUUACACUAGAAUAUAAAGUAGAUAAACCACAGAGUUUAGGCAAAAGAACAAUAUAUAUUAUCUCCAUUAAAAAAAAAUACAAGAGUGAUAGAGCAUAGAAUUUGCUGCCUCUUUGUAGGUCAUUUGACUCUGUGCAAAACAGAGGACCCACCCUGCAAGCACAGCAAUAUGCUUAUGCAAUAUAGAACAUUCCUGUAUGUACAGUGCUGAUUUUACUGAGGAGCAGAAGGAUGGUGUUAUUUAAGGCUUUUAGAAAUAGCACAAGUCCUGUGGCUCAAGUCCAGGAUUUACCAUUCUAAACAGCUCAAAGAAUAGUCCUGUACUGGUGGCAAACAUCUUGUUGCUAGUUUUGUGACAUUUGUAUGUUUGCCAACAUAUUUUUAUAUAUUAAUUGAUUUUUAAAUUUAUGCCACAGUUUUAUUAUACCUUGAUUCUAUCCAGACUCACUGUUUAAAGCUGUACAAUUAUAGAAAGCUAUAAUUCUGAGAAACAAGCACAGUCAUGAUGAGCACUGGUAAAUGUGCCAGGAGAGCAAGGCCUGCUCUUAAUCGGCAUAAAAAGGAAUAUAUUGUGGCUGCUUUUUUCUCUACUGCUGCCCAUAUCAUAUUGUUUAUGGCUUCAUACUGAAAUGAUGAUCCAGAUGUGAAAUAUGGAGUGCAAUUCCAUAGUCAAGGUGGGAGCAGUUGAAGGUCAUCCUACUGAGGGACAUGUACUCCAUGGACAUGUGCCAUAUUGUCCUGACGGGGCUUCACAGGCUGACUAACCUUGGCUGCUUUCCAAAAGAGAAAUAAAACUUUACAUUGUCUAAAAACAUGAAAAACUUCUUUUUAACAAGCAAAACAAUCCAUC